AUGGAUAAGUCUUGGGUUUGGCUUCCAAGGACUAGCCUUGAGUAUGAGCAAGGAGCAACGGAUUUUGUUUAUGGGUCAGCAAAGAGGUUGGGUAAUCCCGCAAAGAUGUUUUGUCCUUGUCUCCAAUGCCGAAAUCUGUGCCACCAAUUAGUAGCCACUGUCUUGGAUCAUCUGGUUAUUAAAGGAAUGGAUCAGAAGUACAAGAAAAAUAAAUGUUGGAGUAAGCACGGGGAGAUAAGGGAAUUGAAGACAAGUGAUGAACAGACUUCUGAAUGUGAAGCUUAUGAGUUGUUUAGAGCUACUUUCUUCGAUGGUGAUGACAAUUUAGAUCCCCGGAGUGACACGCCAGAUCAGAAUGAUGGUAUUGAAGAAGAAGCAGACAAAGAGUUUAUGAAGAAGUUGGAAGAUGCUGAAACUCCUCUCUACAACGCAUGUCCUAACUACACCAAAGUGUCAGCUAUCAUGGGGCUUUACAGAAUAAAAGUGAAGAGCGGAAUGUCAGAGAACUAUUUUGAUCAGCUUCUGAAGAUAGUUCACGACAUGCUACCGGAAGAUAACGUGCUUCCAACAUCAACAGAGGCGAUGAAGAACUACUUGAAGAUAUUCGGGUUUGGCUAUGAGAAAAUUCAUGCAUGCAAGAAUGAUUGCAUCUUAUACCGGAAGCAGUAUAAAGAUUUGACAAGCUGCCCUCGAUGUAAAGCUUCUAGAUGGGAAGUAGACAAGCACACGAAAAAGGAAAAGAAAUGGAUUCCUGCUAAGGUUCUUAGAUACUUCCCGAUAGAGGACAGAUUCAGAAGGAUGUAUAGAUCAACAAGGAUGGCCGAGGAUCUGCGUUGCCAUUUCAGCAAUGCUUCAGAAGAUGGGACGAUGCGGCACUCAGUGGACUCAAUAACUUGGUCUCAGGUUAAUGCAAAAUGGCCAGAGUUUGCGUCUGACCCGAGAAAUCUUCGACUUGGUCUGUCUACUGAUGGGAUGAACCCAUUUUCAAACCAGAGCACGAAGUACGGUACAUGGCCAGUCCUGCUAGUUAACUACAACAUGACACCUACAUUGUGUAUGAAGGCAGAGAAUGUUAUGCUCACUAUGUUGAUCCCUGGACCAACAGCACCGAGCAACAACAUCGACGUUAUCUUCAACCGUUGA